CUGCUCUGAGGCGACUCUGCGCGUGCCCCCAACCCUGUUCCUUUCCCUUUUCUGUGGCGUCCUGGUGUUGGGCAUCCGUUCUCAGUGUAAGCUAAGCAUGGGGCCAGCGAGGCUCCUGGGGAGUCUAGUGGACCAGGCGUGGGGACACACAGAGCGCCCAGGCUCCUCAGGCAGGUAUUGCAGCUGGGUGCGGUGCUACUAACUCGCCAACAUCAUACUAUGAGGCAGUAACAUGUUCCCGGCGUUGGAAACAGAGCUAAAGCAGGAGACUCUUCCUGACCCCUAUGAGGACUUUAUGCUCCAUCACCUCCAAUAUUAUGGAUAUUUCAAAGCUCAGAAAAGCAGCCUACCGAACUCAGCCUCUCACCAGCGGGGUUGGAGGAACAGCCCCCGGUACAUGAAUGGCUCUUUUGGAGAAAGAGAUGAUUUCAUCUCAGACAGCUUGGAAAAAGAAAUGCUUCUAUGGCCUACCUGUCUGCCUUCAACUGGGCAUGCUCAGAUAGAUGCUGUAAACAGAGACUCACUUCUGCUGAGCUCACCACUUCUUAGGAGCAGGCAGCUCCUUUUUGAUGAGCUGGAUGACAUCAACCCACGACUGCGAGAACCCCGAGAACUCUUCUCAUGUUUCUCUAGCAGAGGGCCGCUGCAGGCUCCAAGAUGGCCAAUAGAAUGUGAGGUCAUCAAGGAAAACAUUCAUCACAUUGAGUGGGUUCCACUUCAACCAGAAUAUUUCUACCAACCUACUGGAAACGAAAAGGUGCCAGAGAUCGUGGGAGAAGAGCAGGGCACUGUCGUGUUCCAGCUGGACUCAGUGCCUACAGAGGGCACCUAUUUCACCAGUUCCAGAAUAGGAGGCAAACGAGGAAUCAUCAAGGAACUUGCUGUUACUCUGCAAGGGCCGGAAGAUAAUACUCUGUUGUUUGAAUCAAGGUUUGAGAGUGGGAAUCUGCAGAAGGCCGUCAGAGUAGGUAUCUAUGAGUAUGAACUCACCUUGCGAACUGACCUCUACACUGACAAACACACUCAGUGGUUUUACUUCAGGGUUCAGAACACCAGAAAAGAUGUUACCUAUCGCUUCACCAUCGUCAACUUGUUGAAACCCAAGAGCCUGUACGCAGUAGGGAUGAAGCCUCUCAUGUACUCUCAGCUGGAUGCCACCAUCUACAACAUCGGCUGGAGGAGAGAGGGCCAUGAGAUCAAGUACUAUAAGAACAACAUGGACGACGGGCAGCAGCCUUUAUACUGUCUCACCUGGACCAUCCAGUUUCCCCACGACCAGGACACUUGCUUCUUUGCACACUUUUACCCAUACACUUACACUGACUUGCAGUGCUAUCUCUUGUCAGUGGCAAACAACCCCAUCCAGUCUCAGUUCUGCAAGCUCCGAGCCUUAUGCAGGAGCUUAGCAGGGAACACUGUCUACCUGCUGACCAUCACCAACCCAUCCAGGACCCCUCAGGAGGCAGCUGCCAAGAAAGCGGUGGUGCUGAGCGCCCGAGUCCACCCUGGAGAGAGCAACAGCUCCUGGAUCAUGAGCGGCUUUUUGGACUUCAUCCUCAGCAACUCUCCAGAUGCCCAGCUCCUCAGGGAUAUCUUUGUCUUCAAGGUGAUCCCCAUGUUAAAUCCAGACGGCGUGAUCGUGGGCAAUUAUCGGUGUUCAUUGGCUGGCAGGGACUUGAACAGGCAUUAUAAAACUGUUCUUAAGGAUUCCUUCCCCUGCAUUUGGUACACCAAGAACAUGAUCAAAAGACUUCUGGAAGAAAGAGAGGUUCUCUUGUAUUGUGAUUUCCAUGGACACAGCCGCAAGAACAACAUCUUCGUGUAUGGCUGUCACAGCAACAGCCGCAAGCACUGGCUUCAUGAGCGGGUCUUUCCUUUAAUGUUGAGCAAGAAUGCACCAGACAAGUUCUCUUUCGACAGCUGUAACUUUAAGGUCCAAAAAUGCAAAGAAGGAACGGGAAGAGUCGUGAUGUGGCGGAUGGGCAUCAUCAACAGCUACACCAUGGAGUCUACCUUUGGCGGGUCUACCCUGGGAAGUAAAAGAGACACUCACUUUACCAUUGAGGACCUGAAGUCCCUAGGUUAUCAUGUCUGUGACACAAUUCUGGAUUUCUGUGAUCCUGACCAAACCAAGUACACUCAGUGUCUACAAGAGCUUAAGGAGCUCUUACAACAGGAAAUCCACAAAAAGUUGAAUAACUUUGGACAAGAUAUGGAUUUAGAAGGAAACUGGAGUGACAUUCCUUUGUCUGACAUUGAAUCCAGCACAAGUGGUUCGGACAGCUCCCUCUCGGAUGGCCCUCCUGUCCGUCUCCUGAGCGUAGCAGAAGAGCUGAAUCAGAAGAUGGUGUUAAAGAAUCCCAAAAAGAAGAGACUUCAGACUAGAAAACAGCGGAAUGAGCAGUACCAGAAGAAUUACUUGAUGCGGGAGUUAAAGUUAACAGAAAAUGCCCCAACACAGUUAAGUGGAAGAGACAAAGGCAGCUCCUUGGAUCCACCACUGACCAGCCCUAAGAAUAAAGAACUAAUUCAGAGUAAGAAGCCAGGCUUUACAGCAUCAUGCUCUCCAAAGAGAAGCACAAACGCCAGCCUAGGGCCAGCUCCAGAUGUGAAGCCAAACUGGUCUAAGACUAGAUACUCUGCAGCAAGGAAGGACCACGCCGCCAUGGCGGUGUACCCGUCCUUGCACAUAUACACAUACCCGUAGGAGUGCUUGCUGGACACACAGCUGCUGCCUCCGAAGGGUCGGGUAGUCUUGUUGGUUUGUUUUGUAUGCAAUGCUGGGGACCAAACCGAGGGCACCGAGCACACUAGGCAAGUGCUUUACCAUUGAGCUGUGUCGCCAGCUCUCCUGAAAAGGUUGUGGGUUAUACACAUUUUAUAAGGGGGGGAAAUCUAUGAAUAAAAUGGAAACUCUAUUCAUGGUGCACUGUGUUGUACACUCACCACACACUCACCUGCACUCUGGACUUCCACUGUGCACUAUCCUUAGAUACCUUGUGAAUUUGGUAGGUUUUUUUUUUUCCUUCGAUAAGGUUAUAUUUUGAUGUAUAGAAAAGCCUUUAUUGAAAGCUGAAGCCUGACUCAUAAAAAGACAGAACAGUAUAUAUGUGUGCCUCAUUUUAACCAACAGAUGUACUCUUUAAAGUUAGAUGCAAAUCAGUUUGAAAAGAUCAAGCUGUUUUAAAUGUGUUCUGGGAAUGUGCCAUAUGAAACAGUCUUGUGUCGAAGUUUUCAAAUGGUGACUGACCAGUCACACUGUGGUUACUAGGUUUGCUCAAAGUAAGGUAUUCCUACAUAGAAAAAAAAAAAACAAUUAUAUGUAUUACUUAGAAUU